CUGAGUAACGCGGUGCAGCAGCGGAGCUGAGCGGACCGACUUCAGCGACUUUACACCAAACUUUCCGAACCGGGAUCUUUAUGGGAGAGAGAGCACCGGCGCAGCGCCUCCUCACACCCGCGGCACGACCGACUGCGCGCUCACGUCCGGCUCGCACGCCUUCCUUCUUUCAUGUAUUGGAAAAAUGAGAUUUUGGCCCCUCUGUCAGAGGGAAACCGAGUUUUAUCCGGAGGAGUUCACUCUAAACAGUCCCACUCCGACGGCGAGUCUCAAAGGUCGGUGAUGGAGAAAGAGGAGCCGCGCUGCUCGCCCAGUCCUCCGUCUACACCGUCCAUCUGCUCGCCCACGUCCAGCGCCUCCGCCUCGUCCGUCCCCUCCACCGGGAAAAACGUGUGCGCGAGCUGCGGUCUCGAGAUCCUCGACAGAUACCUGCUCAAGGUGAAUAAUCUGAUGUGGCACGUGCGCUGCCUGGAGUGCUCGGUGUGCAGGACUUCACUGCGCCAACACAGCAGCUGCUACAUCAAAAACAAGGAGAUCUUCUGCAAAAUGGAUUAUUUCAGUAGGUUUGGUACUAAGUGUGCCCGCUGUGGGCGGCAGAUCUACGCCAGCGACUGGGUGAGGCGAGCUCGCGGUAACGCUUACCACCUGGCCUGCUUCGCCUGUUUCUCCUGCAAACGCCAGCUUUCCACUGGAGAGGAGUUCGGCCUGGUCGAGGAGAAGGUGCUGUGCAGGAUCCACUACGACACCAUGGUGGAGAACCUGAAGCGUGCUGCUGAGAGCGGAAGUGGCCUCACGCUGGAAGGAGCCGUGCCGUCGGAGCAGGACAGCCAGCCCAAACCGGCGAAACGCGCUCGCACAUCCUUCACCGCCGAGCAGCUGCAGGUGAUGCAGGCUCAGUUUGCGCAGGAUAACAACCCUGACGCUCAGACGCUGCAGAAACUCGCGGACAUGACGGGUCUGAGCAGACGAGUCAUCCAGGUUUGGUUCCAGAACUGUCGGGCGAGACACAAAAAGCACACGCCGCAGCACGGCGGCCCUCCUCAGGCUCACCCGCAGGCCCGCAUGCCACCGUCGUUGCCUGACGAGCUGCAUUACUCGCCCUUCGGCAGCCCGGAGAGAGCGCGCAUGGUGGCUCUGCGCGGCUACAUCGACAGUCAUCCCUUCUCAGUGCUGACCACACAGAGUCUCCCCCACCAGGCCAUGUCUCUGCCGCAGCUGCCCCUCAGCCGCUAACGACCCCGCCACAUCGACCCCUGACCCCUCGACCCUGACCUCCCGCUCCUGACUUCCGUCCGCUCUUCAGAGGUCGCCUCUGGCUGAAGGACAGGGUCACCGUCCCCGCGUGCUCUUGACCUCCGAUCUCAUGAGGAGAGGGGGGCGUUUCCUCCUGCCUUUCAGUGGACAGGAUUUUCCUCACCUGCAGGCGAGUCUCACACGCCAGUGAGCCGUUAGAGGCGGCCCGGAACCACCGCGUUAUCCAGAGCAGGAUUCGGACCUCUGAUGUGCACACUGAAGAGCGGUUCGAGUCGGACUAAAGAACAUUUGAGGUUCUUACUGCAGGAAUAAAAACUAAGUAAAGACGUCGGGCCUGUGGAGUGAGACGUGCAACGUAGCGGAAAGAUUCAUCUUUCGCUCUUGUAAAAAACAAAACAAAAAAAACAAUCAAUAACAAACCUGAUCAGUGAUUAUUUGUUGAGUUUCGCGCUGGAUCUGUGAGUUUGUUCCCAAGUGUUUACAUGGAUCUAUAGCACAGACUGCAUGUGCUCUCUCUCUCUCUCUCUCUCUCUGUCCGAUUCGGAUGGAUUUAUCGGCGAAAAGCCAUUUUCAUCGCCUGCUAACAUCCGAGUCUCCGUUCCAUCAGACGUGCAGAACCCCAAGACUGAUCACUGUCCGGAGACGCCGGCCGGGCGGAGCAGCUUCACAACAUACACGAGUGACAUCACCAAGAUCUGACUGAGGAUGAGCGAUACGAUACGGAGAAAACCAGACAUCAAUACUUGAAGACGCUUUUUAGAGUCAAUCAGACGUAUCUUCAAAUUUUUGAGACUGAAGUAAACUGCAGUGGCACAAGAUAGAAAAAAAAUAAAGUUGAAUUAUUUUUUAAAUAUGGUAUAAAAUUGGUAUAGAAUAGCAAUCUGGUUGUUACUGUAAAUCAUAAUGGAGUCAGUGGAAUAAAAACUCCCAACACACAAGAUCUCAGAAAAAUAAAUAAAUGUUUUCAGCGUGCAUUGGUUGGGUCUUCUACUGAUACACUGAUGUGGUUUAAACAGUAAGAAUCUGCAAAAAAAACAACAACAAUGACAAAAAAAACAGGAUGUCAGGAAAUCUAAAAUGGAUUGUUUUUUGUUUUGUGGAUGUUGUACCCAGAGAGUAGGAAGAGAUGAACAGAAAACCGAGUACAUGUAAAGAAACUUUAGUCCCCAUGUAUUUUAUUUAAGUCGUGUCCUGUCGUGAAAUGGAAGCAGAAUAUGUGUGUGUGUGUGUGUGUGUGUGUGUGUGUAUGUUUCUCUGUUUUUUCGCUGAUUUUGUGUCAUGUUGGCUCGAGCCUCAGGUUCCUGCGGAGGAAAAGCGAGAGCGUGGCUCGGCCCCGGAUUCUGACGUAGCAUGGGACCGAUUUGGGCGAAUAAAGAAAGAAAGAGAGAAAGGCAAAAAAAAAAAAAGCUGUAGCUGUCACUAAACUGUAUAUUUGUGUUGCGGAGUACGCUUGUGUGUUCUGAGCGCGGUCGUGGGGGGAGGAUGAGGAUGAGGAUGAAGAGGAGAGGCCUCGACGUUCUUGUAUUUAUUAAAACCGAUAUUAGCCUGUAAAGCACUUUUCCCCUUUUUGUCCUGUUGUCUGUUUUGUAAAAUUGAAAUAAAUAAAAUGAAUAAAUGACAUGAAGCACAGCCUUCGAGUGUUCCUUGAGUGCAAUCUGUCUCGAUGUGGAGUGCACAAAGAAAGACGAAUGUUCAAAGGGAAAGAAAGACGGACGAUCCGGAGCUCAUCGAGCUCUCAGACACUGAUUUACCCCGAGCUAAAUUAAAAACAGCCUCGCUCGCUGAGUGGAGGGAAAAAAAUGGCUGAAAAUAUGUGU